CCAGUUAUAACACCCAGACUAAAGACAGAGACCAGCUACAGACCAGUUAUAGCACCCAGACUAAAGACAGAGACCAGCUACAGACCAGUUAUAACACCCAGACUAAAGACAGAGACCAGCUACAGACCAGUUAUAGCACCCAGACUAAAGACAGAGACCAGCUACAGACCAGUUAUAACACCCAGACUAAAGACAGAGACCAGCUACAGACCAGUUAUAACACCCAGACUAAAGACAGAGACCAGCUACAGACCAGUUAUAACACCCAGACUAAAGACAGAGACCAGCUACAGACCAGUUAUAGCACCCAGACUAAAGACAGAGACCAGCUACAGACCAGUUAUAACACCCAGACUUAAGACAGAGACCAGCUACAGACCAGUUAUAACACCCAGACUAAAGACAGAGACCAGCUACAGACCAGUUAUAACACCCAGACUAAAGACAGAGACCAGCUACAGACCAGUUAUAGCACCCAGACUAAAGACAGAGACCAGCUACAGACCAGUUAUAACACCCAGACUUAAGACAGAGACCAGCUACAGACCAGUUAUAGCACCCAGACUAAAGACAGAGACCAGCUACAGACCAGUUAUAACACCCAGACUAAAGAGAGAGACCAGCUACAUACCAGUUAUAGGACCUAGACUAAAGACAGAGACCAGCUACAGACCAGUUAUAACACCCAGACUAAAGACAGAGACCAGCUACAGACCAGUUAUAGCACCCAGACUAAAGAGAGAGACCAGCUACAUACCAAUUAUAUGACCCAGACUAAAGACAGAGACCAGCUACAGACCAGUUAUAACACCCAGACUAAAGACAGAGACCAGCUACAGACCAGUUAUAGCACCCAGACUAAAGACAGAGACCAGCUACAGACCAGUUAUAACACCCAGACUAAAGACAGAGACCAGCUACAUACCAGUUAUAGCACCCAGACUAAAGACAGAGACCAGCUACAGACCAGUUAUAACACCCAGACUUAAGACAGAGACCAGCUACAGACCAGUUAUAACACCCAGACUAAAGACAGAGACCAGCUACAGACCAGUUAUAGCACCCAGACUAAAGAGAGAGACCAGCUACAGAGAGAGACAGAAAGGC